AUGGUCCGACGCUACGAGCGGCUGCGACACCUCAGCGUAGGCCGUUUCGGCGUGUCGCUGCUCAUCAAAGAUGUGGAGUCCGACACGCUGGCGAUGAUGAAGACCAUCGACGUCGCCGCGCUAAAUGGCGCGGAGCGGUCCGAGCUCCUCCGCGAACUCCGAGGCUUGACGAAACUGCGUCAUCCCUACCUGCUUCCGAUGCGGGAGUCCUUUCUGCACCAAGGGCGGCUCUGCCUGAUCAUGGACUAUCUGCCUCGAGGCAGCUUAGCGGCCGAGGUGGAUGCGGCGCGCAGUUUCGGGACCCAGAUUGCUCCGGAGAAGGUCUUGCACACUUUUGUGCAGGUCUUGUAG